AUGGAAGAAUGCAGCCCGCAGCCCCCUCUAGUGGACCAGCAGAUUCCACGGUCUUGCCGUUGUGAGCUGCAGAGCCCGCAGAAGCAACCGCCUACCUGGGACGAUUGUCAACAGCUCCUCCAAAUUUUAUUCACUACCAAGGAACGUGAGAGGAUCCAGAUGGAAGCCUGGAAAUCUGUUUUGGGAGAUAACAGGCAACCCACUACCAAUAUAGAUGUGAUUAAUGCCACCUUCCCUUUGACUCAUCCUAAUUGUGACUACGACAUGACUGAAGGGAAACUGUCUAAUAAAACCUCCUGGGUUCAAGGAGCCACAGGAACAAAUCAAUAUUCAUGGACUACCCAAAGAACAGUAGAUCUUGGCAUGGGACGGGUAUUCCACUCAUUCAUGGUAAUUCCAGAAUGCCCUUAUCCACUUCUCGGGAGAGAUAUACUAACCAAAAUAGGAGCACAAAUUCACUUUCAAAACGGAGGGGCAACCAUUAUGGACAGUAAGGGCCAGCCUAUUCACGUGUUAACUGUAAACCUGGAAGAUGAAUAUAGGCUCCACCAACAACCCCCUCCUUCUCCAUCCGAGAAUAUAGAACAGUGGUUAUUAGCCUUUCCUAAGGUGUGGGCUGAGACUGCAGGUGUAGGGUUAGCUAAACACAGGCCACCAGUCUAUGUAGAAAUCAAACCUGGAGCAGACCCGGUCAGAGUCCGCCAGUACCCUAUGUCACGAGAAGCCUGGGAGGGCAUAACCCCCCAUAUCUGGCACGUAUUAAAAUUAGGAAUACUCCGACCCUGUCAGUCCGCCUGGAACACUCCCCUACUCCCUGUUUGAAAACCUCAUUCUAAUGACUAUAGACCAGUACAAGACCUCCGAGAAGUCAAUAAACGAGUCAUGGAUAUUCACCCUACUGUCCCUAACCCAUACACCCUCCUUAGUUCUUUACCCCCAGAUCACCAGUGGUACUCAGUCUUAGAUCUUAAAGAUGCUUUUUUCAGUCUACCACUGGCCCCAAAGAGCCAGGACCUGUUUGCCUUUGAAUGGACUGACCCGACAGAUGGCAUUAGCAGACAACUGACCUGGACGAGGUUACCUCAGGGGCUCAAAAUUUCGCCCACAAUUUUUGAUGAAGUGCUACACAAAGACCUGGGUAAAUUCUGAUCUGAACACCCCGGUCUCACGCUGUUACAAUAUGUAGAUAAUCUCCUAGUUGCUGUAGCAGACUACGAGGCCUGCCUCCAAGGAACAAAAGACCUGCUCCAAACACUAGGAGAUAUGGGAUACCGAGCCUCAGCCAAAAAGGCUCAACUUUGCCAGCCCGAGGUGAGCUAUUUGGGGUACAUAUUAAAAGGAGAAAGAUAGCUGACUAGGGCCCACAAAGAGACUGUGCUAAAAAUCCCUAGACCCAGCACCCCACACGGAGUGCGGGAGUUCCUAGGAUCAGCCGGCUACUGUAGACUUUGGAUAUCAUGUUUUUCAGAACUAGCAAAGCCUCUCUAUGAAGCAACUAAGGAGGGGCAGAAAUUUCAGUGGACAGAGGCCAUGGAAAAAUCCUUUAAUUCACUUAAAACUGCCCUUCUGCCUGCUCCUGCCCUUGGACUGCCUGAUGUAACAAAACCCUUCCAUCUAUACAUUGAUGAAAAUAAAGGGGUAGUGAAAGGAGUUGUAAUCCAACACCUAGGCCCCUGGAAAAGACUGGUAGCCUAUCUCUCAAAAAAAUUAGACCCAGUAGCAGUGGGGUGGCCCCCGUGCUUACCCAUAAUAGCAGCAACAGCCUUGAUAGUCAAAGAUGUGAGCAAACUUACACUGGGGCAAGAACUACAUAUUACCACCCUGCAUGCCAUAGAAGGAACUCUUAAGCAACCUCCUGAUUGAUGGCUUAGCAAUGCACGGCUCACCCACUACCAAGGACUGUUACUGAACCCAAUCAAGAUUAUCUUCCAGUCACCUACGGCACUGAACCCUGCCACCCUGUUACUGGAUCCGGAUUUGGGUGCUCUGCUCCAUAAUUGUGUUGACAUUCUAACUCAAGCGCACGGGAUCCGAGCUGACCUACGAGACACCCUCUUACCAGAUGCUGAGGUUAUCUGGUAUAUGGAUGGGAGAAGCUUUGUGUGUGAUGGACAAAGGUAUGUGGGGGUGGCAGUGGUGACAGAAACUGCAAUAGUUUGGGCUGAGCCGUUACCGGCCGGAACAUCGGCCCAAUGAGCUGAACUAAUAGCAUUGACCAAAGCCCUAACUUUGGGAAAAGACAAAAAGUUAAAUAUUUAUACGGACAGUCAUUAUGCUUUCACCACGGCACAUAUUCAUGGGGCAAUUAAUCGGGAAAGGGGGCUACUAACUGCGGAAGGAAAGAAAAUUAAGAACAAAAAUGAGAUCCUAGAUCUGCUAGCUGCCCUGUGGCUCCCAAAGAAACUUUCCAUCAUUCAUUGUCCGGGGCACCAGAAAAUCACCACCCCAAUUACCCGAGGCAACAAUCUAGCAGACCAAACCACCCAAGAAAUUGCGCUGUCUGCCAACCUAGUAUUAACUUCCAACCUACCUGAUCCUGGGACCAUCCUCCCCGAAAAACUGGGAGAAGAAAUUUUAUUCAAAAUACACCAAACCACCCAUUUAGGAACCAAAAAGAUGCAGGAGUUAUUAAAACGGGCAGACAUAAUAAUUAAAAAUGCUCAAUCUAAAAUUGAAAUAAUUGUUUCUGACUGUAAAGCCUGUCAAUUAACCAAUGUUACUAAAAACCCUCCGAAUCUAGGCUCCAGGUCAAGAGGCAACACACCAGGGACUUGCUGGGAAGUGGACUACACGGAGGUAAAACCAGGGAAAUACGGCUAUAAAUAUUUAUUAGUCUUUAUAGAUACCUUUUCAGGGUGGGUAGAAGCCUUCCCCACCAAGAGAGAAAUGGCCCACAUGGUAGCCAAGAAACUACUAGAAGACAUCCUACCCAGGUAUAGUUUUCCUACUACAAUAGGGUCAGAUAAUGGACUGGCAUUUGUGUCUAAGGUAAUACAGGGUUUAGCAACUAUUCUUGGGGCUGAUUGGAAAUUACAUUGUACCUACAGACCCCAAAGUUCAGGCCAGGUAGAAAGAAUGAACAGAACUCUAAAAGAGACCUUAACCAAAUUAACCAUAGAGACUGACGGAGACUGGGUGACUCUCCUCCCCUUUGCCCUAUUUCAGGUCUGCAACUCUCCUUAUAAAUUAGGAUUGACACCUUUUGAAAUUGUCUUUGGUAGACCUCCACCUAUUACUCCCAGAUUCCAGUCUGAUUUGUUAUGUGAAAUUGAUAAUUGUGAACUCCUUUAUUCUCUUUAAGCCCUGCAACAAACCCAACAGGACAUCUGGCCAAACUUAAGGGCCCUCUACCAAUCUAAUCCCCCUCCCAAACCUCACCGGUACCAGCCAGGUGAUUGGGUGUAUGUGCGGAGACAUCGACAAGAAACUCUACAACCUCGCUGGAAAGGACCCUACAUUGUGAUCCUGACCACACCCACCACCCUCAAAGUUGAUGGAAUAACUUUCUGGAUUCAUCAUACUCACGUCCGCAAAGCCGAUCCUGUCCCUGACCAGGACCCACCAUGGCAUGUCUCCAAGGACCCCAACAAUCCGCUCAAACUAAAACUUCAGCAAUGUGGACCUUACUAG